AUGUACAUUUCAGUUGGUCCCCACUUCAAAUCUGUCGGUAAACCUAUAUACACCGAAAGAAACCAUCAAACCGGAACCAGUGAAGAUGUAAGAAAUAUUAAGCUUUCAGCAUUUUGGAUAUCGGGUGCAGUAGAAAACUCACAAGCAAGAAUAGUUGGUGGGGAUUCAUCGUUAACGGAAGGCGACGGGGUAAUUGUUUCAGGAGUAAGUUUAGGUCUUCCUCAAGAAAGUGAAACUUGUUGGGUGGGUAGAAGGCAGACCUAUGAGUUUAGAGCUGCAAGUCAUUCUUAUAUAAAACAAUGA